GAGUGAGAGAAAGGCAGAAAUUGUUGUUACAAUUUGCACAAAACGUAAACAAGCUCUCCUGGAUUGAUUGUUUAAUAUUUAAGAUUUUUAACUCUUGAUGGGAAUGGUUUCAACAUGGCCCAUUUUUUUCGAGGAAUUUCACGAUAUUUGUCUGGUAUCUUCCACAAGAAAUUUUCUGACGAAGUUGACUUUUCAUCAGAAAGACGGGAAUCUACCAAUAGAAAUGGUAACAGCAUACGGAAUAAUCGAACGUUGAAUGAAGAUUCAUCUAUUGUAAAUGAGGGUGUUGUGGAUUUUAUAUCUGUCGAUCCUUCUAUGAUUGACAUUAAAUUGAAAUGGGAAAAAUGCCGUCUAAGUUUAAUUUCAACAUCAGCUGGUUAUAAUCUACAAUUUUACAGUCCACCUAAAUCAGUUAAACCAAAAUGUGAACUUUUAUGUUCAUCUAUUAUUGAAGCAAGGGAAACAACAGUACUUGAGAUGCCUGAUCAAGAUUACACUUUUGUUCUUAAAGCUGAAUCUGGUCUGGAAUAUGUUAUCGAGGCUUCCAGUGCAUCCGAACUAAAAGAUUGGUUAAAUAUCAUUCACGCCUGUAUGCAAUGUAAUAAUUCAGAAAAUAUUGAUUUGAAUAAUAUUGAACUUUCAGAAACGAACAUUCGCAACGGAUCUCUUCAUCGACGUCGUUUAAACUCUGUGUCUAAUACUAAUAAUGAAAACAACACCAAUGGUCAUGCCUCAUCCCCAAACGCAUCCCAACCCGGAACACCGUUAACUGGUGGUAAUGAUAUUUCAUUAUUUCUCUCUCAAUAUCCAUGGUAUCAUGGACUGCUUACACGGACUGAUGCUGCUGAGUACGUUUUGAGAGAAGGUUCACUUGGACAUGGUAUUUUCCUUGUGCGUCAAAGUGAAACUCGCAAAGGAGAAUACGUUUUAACCUUUAACUUCCAUGGUCGAGCAAAGCACUUGCGACUUACAAUUAACGGUGAAGGACAAUGUCGUGUUCAGCAUUUAUGGUUUCGCAAUGUGUUUGAUAUGUUAGACCAUUUUCGUGUUCACUCAAUACCUCUAGAACUUGGAGGAACCGCUGAUGUUACUCUAACCGAUUUUGUUAUUUAUCAACCAUAUUCACCUCCUAGCUCAACGCACGAUUCAACCAAUCUUACCGACCUACAUAAUCAUCAUCAUAUUAAUCAUCAAAAUUCUUCUCAUCCUCAUCAACCAUCUCAGUCACAUAAUAUUACAAAUAAUUCAAAUCCGUUGCAGCAACAAAGCCGAUCAUCUACGCCAAACAGCAACUUUGAACCAUCAUCUUCCUCACCAGAUUCUCGACAUAAUUAUUUAAGAGAAAGAGUUCCAUCUAUACCUGAGAUCCAAGAAGUAAUCACAUAUGGUGGAUCAGUUCGACUACGGACAGUAUCGCUAGAGAAUCUUAAUCAACUACAAUCACAGCAUUUAGCAAGUGUUAAUGGAACAACUCGAGCUAUUGAUAAUACUUAUUCCUUUAUUUAAAAUCUAUAAUUGUGUACCCUACACCUUAUUAAUUUUUUCACUCUCUUUCUCUCUUCUCUCUCUUUCGCUGUCUUUUCUGAUUGUUAAUCAGUAUUGCACCAACAUGCAAAUUAUUUGGUGGUUUGGAGUAUAAGGGUGACUUCGUUUUGAUACCCGACUGUAUUAUAAAUUUAAUCAAAUCUUGCAACACGUUUUUUGAUGUGACACAAAUCAAGAUCGCAUUCUAGUCCCUAACUUUCCUUAAUUUCCUUUUCUGUUCCCUUCUCUAUCUCUUUUAAUCACUAACUCAUUCAGUUUUCUUUUCUCUCUAAUUUUAAAUUAGCUAAUAAAAACAUAAAAGUUGUUGAACGAAA